AUGGCGGGCCAGCCCAGCCCAGGCCAUGCAAAGAGAAGUUCUAGAUAAAUGUGGGCAGGUCAAUGGUGGUGAGUGGUGACAUAACCGUUGGAUAAAGAGUACCGAACGCCAUUACGUGGCCUUUUGGUGAGAGUGGCUUUGGAUUCUUUUUCUUAACGGUAAGCAUUCAUACAACAAACAAAGCCAAAGGCCAAUUCCCACAACAAACGCACAACGUUACCCAACAAGAGUGAGUGUGACCCUUCGCCUAAACUAAACUUCUCUUCCCUUAUUUCAGGAUUUAUUCAUCUCUCCAAAACUCAGAAUUUCAAAUCAAAUAAAUACCAACAAUGCCCUUUGCCACCAAGCUUCCACCGGCUCCGGAACCGCCAGCUAUCUUGAAACCUGCCGGAAACAGAGUAACCGUUUCCCAAGAGCCGAAACAGAAGAAGAAGGAGAACAGCGUGAAGACCAGUCCACAGCGUCCCCCGCAAAUUCUGAACACCGUUGUGCAAAGCAACGUGUCUUUGGACAGCACGUGUUCCUCAGAUAGCAAUUCAUCAACCAAAAAGGUGAAGCCCGCAACCGCAACUGUGGCGAGUAGGAGAAACGUGAAGCGUAACGGGUUUAAGCCGGUAAGGGUUGUGCCAGACGCCGUCGAUGUAGCAACAGUGUUGCCGCCUCUUAAGAGAUGUGAAUGGAUCACUCCAAAUUCUGACCCCCUUUACACUGCUUUCCACGAUGAAGAAUGGGGUGUUCCAGUUGAUGAUGAUAGGAAGCUAUUUGAGCUUCUAGUCUUUUCACAAGCAUUGGCAGAACACCGUUGGCCAGCAAUCCUUAACCAGAGAGACAUAUUCAGGAAGCUUUUUGAAAAUUUUGAACCAUCAUCAGUUGCACAGUUUACUGAGAAGAAAUUGCUAACACUGAAAAUAAACGGCAACUCAUUGUUAUCAGAACCAAAGCUCCGUGCCAUUGUGGAAAAUGCUAAACAAUUACUUAAGGUUCAGCAGGAGUUUAGUUCAUUCAGCAAUUACUGCUGGAGAUUUGUUAACCACAAACCGAUAAGAAAUGAAUUCAGAUAUGGACGUCAAGUACCCGUGAAGACUCCGAAAGCUGAAGUGAUUAGCAAGGACAUGAUGCGUAGAGGUUUCCAAUGUGUGGGACCAACAGUAGUUUAUUCGUUCAUGCAAGUAGCAGGCCUCGUUAAUGACCACCUAUUAACAUGCUUCAAGCACCACAAAUGCAAAGUGACAACCAAAAACGAAUUUAAAACUGAGGUUAAGGAGAACAAUGAAACUUCGGAGAUGACAAUAAACAAUGACCGAAGGUCGUUUAAUUGAAGAUGUUCCACGACGCAGGGUCGAUUGUCAUCUUUUUCUUAUUAUUGUAUUGUUAUGCUAUAAUUUUAUUCUUUCUUAAUCUGUUUGUAUGCCACCUAACCUAACCGGAAAAUGAUAGGCUUCAUCUUGUUAUUGGUGUUUCCACGUGAAGGUGCAUGUUUCUUUUAAUACCCUUAGCUAAUAAGUUGCAUGUUCUAAUCUGUUUCGGUGUUCUGUAAUAAAUUUCCAACGUAGUCUUGCCACCCUGUACAAUUGAUGAUGCAUUGCUUCUAUGCCCCACGGUAUAUCAUGUUCUUCAAGAUUUUUGGAAGACUGUUAUCGUAA